AUGCGUGAGCAGAGGCAGAGAAGUGUGGACUUUGAGAAGCAGAGAUUAGUUGACACCAUUGGCUGGAGUGUCAGAAUUAAAGGGCUGGUGCAUUUAGACCAUCACAAACUAUGGGAUCCCAAUGAAUUUGCAGUUCACUGCUUUAAAAUUAUAAUGUAUUCCAUUCAGGCUCAGUAUUCUCACCAUGUAAUUCAGGAGAUCCUAGGACACCUUGAUGCUCGUAAAAAAGAUUCUCCACGGGUUCGAGCUGGUAUCAUCCAGGUUCUGUUAGAGGCUGUUGCCAUUGCUGCUAAAGGUUCCAUAGGUUGCCACCUAAGUGUACAUCUGUCGAUUCCUGAACAGUACAGUGUAGUUUUGUCAGUUUUUAUUAUCACUAAAAGCAUCUCGUUGUUUACACUGAAUGGGCAGCAACUGUAUCGCCACAUAUAUUUGGGCUGUAAAGAGGAAGACAAUGUUCAGAAAAACUAUGAGCUACUUUAUACUUCUCUUGCUCUUAUAACUAUUGAAUUGGCCAAUGAAGACGUGGUUAUUGAUCUCAUUCGAUUAGCCAUUGCUUUACAGGACAGUGCGAUUAUCAAUGAGGAUAAUUUGUCCAUGUUCCAUCGCUGUGGGAUCAUGGCGCUGGUGGCGGCGUACCUCAACUUUGUAAGUCAGAUGAUAGCUGUCCCUGCAUUUUGCCAACAUGUUAGCAAGGUUAUUGAAAUUCGAACUAUGGAAGCCCCUUAUUUUCUACCAGAGCAUAUUUUCAGAGAUAAGUGCAUGCUUCCAAAAUCUUUAGAGAAGCAUGACAAAAAUUUAUACUUCUUGACCAACAAGAUUGCAGAGUCACUAGGCGGAAGCGGCUAUAGUGUUGAGAGGUUGUCGGUACCGUAUGUACCCCAAGUCACAGAUGAAGAUCGACUUUCUAGAAGAAAAAGUAUUGUGGACACCGUAUCCAUUCAGGUGGAUAUUUUACCCAACAGUAUUCCUUCUGAUGAUGUGGUUAGUAACACUGAAGAAAUCACCUUUGAAGCAUUGAAGAAAGCAAUUGGUGAGAUUUUUGUUAACUCUCCUAAUGAUUUGCUAGCUUAUCUCUGUCUUAGUACUUGAUGAGGUGCCAGAAUAAACAGAAGCAGCAUGGCAUUUGUGCGUAGAUCUGUAAUUGAUUUAUUGAGCUAUGUUUUUUAUUUUUUAUUUAU